AUGAUAUGGAAAAGAGGAGGUUCAUAUAACGAGUACAAGAAGUUAUCGAGAGGAAAAAUAUUUAGUUCGGUGAAAUGUGAAUGUUUGUUCAGUGUGAGAGGUUAUUUGUUGAUUGCUUGUGAUUGGAGCCUCAAAGUUGAUUACGGUAGACACAACCAUGAAAUGGAAGAUGUGUUGAAAGGUCAUAAAACUGCCAGACCUCUGAGGCAAAUUCAUACUAAUUUAAGGAAAAGUUACAAUAGAACUUCAACUACUAUCAAGCAUAUUUAUAAUGCUUGUCACAAGUAUAGGCAGUCCAUUAGGGGUACGAGAACAAACAUGCAUCAUCUCUUAAAAUCAUUGGUUGAGAAUGAGUAUGUGUAUUAUUGUGGGAAGUAUCCUGAUUCCGAUGAUAUCAGAGAUAUUUUUUGGGCGCAUCCAAAUGAUGUUGAAAAGAUUAUUGACUGGGAAAUCACUUCUGCAAAGCAAGUUGAGAUCCCUUUCAAGCCUGCUCGUGUUCUUCUCCAGGUACCUUGUUCAAUUCUGGAUGCAGUGUAUUGUGAUCCAUGA